AUGCCACCCAACCUCGCUAUGGUAGACAUUUCAGCCCUCGCGCGACUGUCUUGGGAAUUGUAUCAUUCAUGUUAUCUUAUUUCUGGGGAUGCGCCCGAUGGUUUUCGAACUCUCGUAACGCAACUGGCUUCAUUGCAAGACACAUUAGGCGCCUUUCGUGACCACGUUACUUCCAAUUCUUCUUUCUUCGAAACCCUACCCGAAGAUCGUAUACAUGGGUUGCAAGGUUGUUUACACGGCUCCUAUUCAGCUCUGAAACAGCUGGGAGAUCUAGUCACGAACUAUCGAGAUUCUGGUUUUGGUAAUGGGCCAAGAUUUCAAUGGGACACACACAGAGAGCAAGUUGAAGGACUUCGGUCAAGGAUUAUGGUGUACUCCGCAAACCUCAAUUUAUACAUGACGUCCACUGGCAAUUCAUCUCAGAAAGGCCUCGAAAGUCUAAUACUGGACGCACUGGGUACAACCCCCUCGCAAGAACCACAAGACGAUCCCGAACCUGAAGUGAAGCCCUCCGACCCUGAAAUUCAGACAAUGAGUGCAGAACGCGUUGAACUUGAUGUCGCAAGUGAGCUGGAUGCGACAAGCUCCGUAAAACCAGAUGCUGUCGUCCAACCCGAGACUCCUCCCGGGAUUCAUCCUAGCAACUCGACCUCGUCCGACUCUCGACUCUCCGAAUAUUCCAGCAGAUCAAUCUCCACCACUUUCACGAACAAGACAUUUCCUAUUCCACCAUUACGGACUUCGCUCAACAGUCCUACACCUCUAGAACGCCAUCUGGUUGGCCGAAGUCCUGCUUCGUUAGGUUCGCGUGUCUCUGACAGCCUAUAUCAAGACCAUCCCCGGAGUCAGAGAAGCGAGUCGCUAUCCGAAAGACAAGGGUCUGCUCCUUAUGGGGGUUCCAUCAAUUCUCCGGUCACUCCCACAUCUGCGGGUACUUUGCGACAGCUUCACGGGCUCCAGUUACGCGAUCAACACCUGCGACCACUCCGUUACGAACCGCGAGAUACCAUCCACCAGCCUGACACUACAAUUCUGGAGAAAUUUGAAUUAUCUUCCAAUUAUGAGGACCAUUGCCAGAGCCUUAGUACAAGGGACUGGCUCAGGAUCGCAAUUUGGUGGCAGCUCAAGGCGCGAGCAAAUCUCGCAAAUGGCGAACGGCCAUCCCUCGUCAGCCCUCGGGGUAGCACGAGCCCGUCUACUAACUCUUCGAAUUCAGGUCACCAGGCCUAUGUGGAUCUACUAAAAGCGUCCUAUAUUCUUUAUGAUAUCGUCCUGAAAAGACAGCCUCAACAGUCAUUGGUUUUAGAUGAGAACAGAAAACUAAUUGCCGACUUAUCUGACGGAAUCAAAGAGGAUUUUUCGCAAUUUAUCUCUGUGGAUAUUCCAGACUCCACAACUAUAAGCUUGCACAACCUUGACAUUUGGGAAUCAGUCCAACCAGACGAGUCUUGCUAUAAUAACGAGGAGAGCCUCCUCAGUCUGGAAAACGUCCGAUACAUUACCGUUGAGCUUGAGGAUGCUGGUGCGGAAGACGAGUGCGUCAUUCUCCGUGCAUUUGUGAAUGCCGGCAUCGGUGGUAAGAAGCUAAGGAUGCGUACCAAAACCGCUCCCUAUAUGCUUCUUUUGUCCACGGUCCAAGGCGAGAGCGAACCCAAAAUCACGAUCUGCAAUCAGAGCGGUUCUCUUUGCUUGCAGCGAGACUGCCAUUUAGUUACGGCAGAUGAUCUGGCGCACCUGAUAAAGAUAUCGAAUGCUACACUAGGGGGCAUCCCCGGAGCGAAAAUAUCUGAACCUGUGACGCUGAACUUUGGCACAAUCCCUGUGUCCAUCUCAUUUCAGUAUUCGUCGGACCUUGGCCAGUUUAUCAAUAUUCCAAAAGCGUAUUUCGAUGCCGUCUGGCAGCGUGAACCGGCAGAUUCGGAGCAGUUCUCCGAGAGCGUCAUAUUCAAGAGCUCAGUAGAUAUUGUUGAGCAACUAAGAGCUCCAAUCAUGAAGUCCAUGAAUCCUCCUAUAAUCACCCGAUCAUGCCAAGUGCGGGUACUAGAAAGGACUUUCGGAGAAGUAUGGAGGUCGAUUCGACGUAUGGUUAUUAGCUCGUCCAUUGCUGAAAAGGUUCCCACGAGUCUCGAGUUCUUCAUGCCACUGUGUGGUGUCCAAGUUCACCGCAACGAGGUGUCUCAAUCAGUUCAAAUAAAAUGGUCCGAUACUGGGCAGGAACGGUCAGAUAAAACAGAUGGCAAUUAUAACCCGAUUUACUCCUAUGUCUACGAUGAGAAUAGCCCCAAUAUCGGGCUAGACAUACAUUUUAGGUCUCAUGAGCGAGCAGCGGAGUUUGAAAACGCGAUUCUUAGACUUACCCAAACACCAACUUACUCAUGGGCCCAGCCAAGCAGCUCAGGCAGCGUAUACGAUGUCGCAGAUGUUUCACUUGACCAAAAACAAUAUAAAGCAAUAUUGCUACUGGAGAACCGACUAUCCUUCCGAUAUUGCAGUCUCUACUAUCUUUACCGUGACAUAGACUAUAUAUACGACUCGAUCAGCGUCCAUGUCAAAUUCCCCAAGAUCUUCUACGUCGACUAUAUCUCUUCCCAUGUGGAACAGCUAUACCGCGCAACCAGCAAUAUGCAGGUGUUCUUUUCUCACUGUGAAAAGAAGACGGGUAAUAUGGAGGUGUUCUUCACCGACGAAGCUAUCUCCCGCUCAUUUAUGAGCUCUCUCGCGUCCGGCUACGAGCUCUGCUUCUCCCGCCGCGCCGAGUCACUGACCACAAAAAAGCAGUCCUUCCUCGGCUCCAACAAGUCUACAAAGGGUGAAACGGAAGUGCAACUCUGGCGCAAGGGAAACUCAGUUCAACUCGCAGCACGAUGGACGAACAACGUCCCAGAUAGGUGGCUCAGCAUGUCGGUCCCUUCAGGGAGUUGUCGCUCCCUCUCGUCCCGCGACGGUAACCGUGUCGAGUUCCCUGUGACUGCAUAUGCCCGGGGCAGUAUACUCAAUCUUGCCGUGGUAGCAUCGGGCUCUCCGAAAGAUGCGAGAAUGGCAAAAAAGAGUGGACCAAUUACGAUUUAUUUCCAACGGUCGAAAGAUCGCGACGAUUUUAUUGCAACUCUUGACGGCAGUGCACAGUCACACUCAGCGUGGAAAUAUGGACAUGGCUACGACUUGCUUGGCUCUUAG